CCAAAAAGAAAACUUUCCCCUUUUUCCAUAAUAAACCUCAAAGCCGUCCUCCCUCAGCCCCCCACCCCCGCCCGUCCUCGGUGCUCCUGGCUUGUCUGCCUUCUAGCAGCGGGUUCAGGGAAGUGUUGAGGGGGCGGAUUGUCUUGAUUUUCUCCACAUCGUGCUUAGCCAAUAACUGUUGUGCACAUCUCAGCUGGCAGACAUUUAAAAGGGAGACAGUCCGGCGCUGGAGCAAUUUGUAUUAAACCCCCCUUGGCCCCUGCCUAUGGAGCGCCUUGUCUCCCACCCAUCCACAGUCCCACCAGAGAGCAGUCUGCUGCUGUAGGAAGAACUGACAGGAUCUCACCAUCCCUCUUGGAGCAUCGGGGACUCACGCAGGAUGGCCGUCUCGAGGCGUAUUGUCUGCGGUAUGGUUUUCAUCAUUGGGCUGCUGUCCUCUCCCGCGGCCUCAAAAAGGAACCGAGCCUCACAAGGGGCCAUUCCUCAUCCUGACAAAAACAACCCAAACGAAUCGGAGCAGCAACCGCAGCCUCCGCAGGCGGGCUCCGGGUCCAGGCAGAGGCCCGGCUCGUCCUCGCCCGCCGACGAAGUGCUGGAGUCCAGCCAGGAAGCCCUGCACGUGACGGAGCGGCAGUAUUUGAAACGGGACUGGUGCAAAACGCAGCCGCUCAAACAGACGAUCCACGAGGAGGGCUGCGUCAGCCGCACCGUCAUCAACCGCUUCUGCUACGGGCAGUGCAACUCCUUCUACAUCCCGCGGCACAUCCGCAGGGAGGAGAGUGCCUUCCAGUCCUGCUCCUUCUGCAAACCCAAGCGCUUCACCACCAUGACGUUUACCUUGACUUGUCCGGACCAGCAGCCCCCCACCAAGAAGAAGCGCAUCCAGCGCGUCAAACAGUGCCGCUGCAUUUCCAUAGACCUGGACUAAACACGCAGUUAUAAUCCUUUUUGUUUACUUUUGUCAAACUCUCAUUCUUCCAGGACGGGAUUGUUGGGAGAUGCACCAAAUCUCUUCUCUUGCACAUAAAAAAAACUGGCAUCGUUGUAGAUUUAAAGUCACACUGCACGGAAAGUCCGACUUUUAAAAACGGGCACAUUUUACGCACGGCUUCCUCACCUCACCUCAGCUGCAGAAGCAGGAAAAAAAAGAUGAAGAAACAGGACUGCAAAAAGGCUUGGUUUUAUUUAAAGACUCACGGUUCCAAACCCCACUGUUUACAUCCAAUCCCGCAUUUUUCCGCAUGUUUUUUUGUAGAACUGGAUGUUUCCACUGUGUGGAAUUCUUGACGAAUGAAUUUGUAAAUGAAAAAAAAAAGUGAUUUUCUUUUUUAUAAAGUUCGAUUUUUCAAGAAUCUGUCAACCUAAAAACGAUUUCUGUGAAUGUCGAAGUUUGGUACAUUUGUUUGUUUUAUUAUAGUUUUUUUUUUAUAUAAGUUGGAAUCUAUUCAGUAGCCUUUUAGAGACGGAAAAAUAUUCCUGUUCAUGUGGACAAUGUACAGUGUUGGUUUAGUAUCGAGAUUAAAUAGUUUUAAAAUGUAAAGCCAAUAUUUGAUUUAAUUGGUUUGUUUAUUCUGUUGAUUAAAUUAUCCAUGAAAACUCAAUAAACUGAUGCUGUGAUAAAAAUA